GAGCUUCGCAGCCAAUCACCGUGCAGCUCGUCCCUCGGGCUUGUAUCCUUUAGUGAAAGAAUUCAGCUCCUUGCGAGAAAGUUACCUGUGGCCGCCCAAGUCCGCCACUUUCUGCUCUGUGGCUGCCCAUUGCCACGAUCCCGGAGGACUCCGCGCCGCCCGGCCGCCUCCGAGCUCGGGCCCCAUGUGAGGGGCCCCCCCUUAUCCCACCUUUCCGGCUAGGUGAGGGCGCGAGCGGGCGAGCGAGCGAGAGUGGUGAGGGGGGACGGAAAAGCAGAAUUACCUGUAGCUCUUGUUCUGCCAUCUCGGGCGCUCUCACACACCUUCACCUGCACAGACUUGAAAGUCCAGUUUCACCAGAGGCUGAGGCUCCAGGAAAAGGGGAGCGAGUUCAUUGGAUCAAACAUGUCACAAGAGUCGGACAAUAAUAAACGACUGGUGGCCUUAGUGCCCAUGCCCAGUGACCCUCCGUUCAAUACCCGAAGAGCCUACACCAGUGAGGAUGAAGCCUGGAAGUCGUAUUUGGAGAAUCCCCUGACAGCGGCCACCAAGGCGAUGAUGAGCAUUAAUGGUGAUGAGGACAGUGCUGCUGCCCUGGGCCUGCUGUACGACUACUACAAGGUUCCUCGAGACAAGAGGCUGCUAUCUGUAAGCAAAGCAAGUGACAGCCAAGAAGAGCAGGAUAAAAGAAACUGUCUUGGCACCAGUGAAGCCCAGAGUAAUUUGACUGGAGGAGAAAACCGAGUGCAGGUCCUAAAGACUGUUCCAGUGAACCUUUCCCUAAAUCAAGACCACCUGGAGAAUUCGAAACGGGAACAGUACAGCACAAACAUCUCUGAGAGCCCAGCCAUCAUCCCCGUAUCAGGAAUCACAGUGGUGAAAGCUGAAGAUUUUACACCCGUUUUCAUGGCCCCACCCAUGCACUAUCCCCGGGGAGACGGUGAGGAGCAACGUGUGGUUAUCUUUGAACAGACUCAGUAUGGCGUGCCCUCCAUGGCCAGCCACAGCACCUACCUCAAGGAUGACCAGCGCAGCACCCCGGACAGCACUUACAGCGAGAGCUUCAAGGAUGGAACCACAGAGAAAUUCCGGAGUGCUUCAGUUGGGGCUGAGGAGUACAUGUAUGACCAGACAUCAAGUGGCACAUUUCAGUACACCCUGGAAGCCACCAAAUCUCUGCGUCAGAAGCAGGGGGAGGGCCCCAUGACCUACCUCAACAAGGGACAGUUCUAUGCCAUAACGCUCAGCGAGACCGGGGACAACAAAUGCUUCCGACACCCAAUCAGCAAAGUCCGGAGCGUGGUAAUGGUGGUCUUCAGUGAAGACAAAAACCGAGACGAACAGCUGAAAUACUGGAAGUACUGGCACUCCCGGCAGCAUACGGCAAAGCAGAGGGUCCUUGACAUUGCUGAUUACAAGGAGAGCUUUAAUACGAUUGGAAACAUCGAGGAGAUUGCAUAUAAUGCUGUUUCCUUCACCUGGGACGUGAACGAAGAGGCUAAGAUUUUCAUCACUGUGAAUUGCCUGAGUACAGAUUUCUCCUCCCAGAAAGGGGUGAAAGGACUUCCUUUGAUGAUUCAGAUUGAUACAUACAGUUAUAAUAAUCGUAGCAAUAAACCCAUUCAUAGAGCUUACUGCCAGAUCAAGGUCUUCUGUGACAAAGGAGCAGAAAGGAAAAUCCGAGACGAAGAGAGGAAGCAGAACAGGAAGAAGGGGAAAGGCCAGACCUCCCAAACUCCAUGCAACAACUCCUCUGAUGGGAAGUUGGCGGCGAUACCUUUACAGAAGAAGAGUGACAUCACCUACUUCAAAACGAUGCCUGACCUGCACUCACAGCCGGUCCUCUUCAUACCUGAUGUUCACUUCGCAAACCUGCAGAGGACAGGACAGGUGUAUUACAACACGGAUGAUGAACGAGAAGGCAGCAGUGUCCUUGUUAAACGGAUGUUCAGGCCCAUGGAAGAGGAAUUUGGUCCAGCACCUUCUAAGCAGAUGAAAGAAGAAGGGAUGAAGCGAGUGCUGUUGUACGUGCGGAAGGAGACGGACGAUGUGUUCGACGCUUUGAUGUUGAAAUCCCCCACUGUGAAGGGCCUGAUGGAAGCGAUAUCUGAGAAGUAUGGGCUGCCUGUGGAGAAGAUCACAAAGCUUUACAAGAAAAGCAAAAAAGGCAUCUUGGUGAACAUGGACGACAACAUCAUUGAGCACUACUCGAAUGAGGACACCUUCAUUCUCAACAUGGAGAGCAUGGUGGAAGGCUUCAAGAUCACACUCAUGGAAAUCUGAGCCCUACUCUCGGCCUCCCCUCGGCAGGGGCCCUGGGUGCCUUCCUUCCCAGUAGAGACGGGACCCCGGCCUGGAACCCAGACACCCACCUCCCCCACCUCACAACCACUGUUACAGACUGUGCUGGGAGCCGGGCGAGGCACGGAGCCCGUUCCUUACCAGUGUGUUUGGCCCAUCCACUGACUCCUGGAGCCGAAGCCCGAGCCCCUCAGGAAGGUGUGCUGGGCCAGUCAGACGCUUAUUUAUUGUCCACCUGGUUCUGGAGCCCGGGGUCCAGGCCCGCUAGGACACUGCAGGACACUGCUGGCCCCAGAUGAGACCGUCCAGAGCCCUCCCCUUCCAAGGGAAACACAGCCAAUCCGUUCGCCUGGAAGAGCCUGAGAACGUCUGGGUCCUUCUGCUUCACCUCCGCUUCUCCUGAGUGGCGGGACCGAACGGGCUCUGCCGCUGCAGUAGUCCACGGGGGCCAGAGGUGGACGCCGCUUCCGGGUCAGAAAGCUUCAGGUCGCCCCGGGAAAGGCCAUCUUGCUAAGCACCUCCCGGGGUUUCCAGCGAGUGGCCCCCGGGCCUUGUACAGGAAGACGUUCCGCUACGCUGUAAUUAGUAACCCAGAAGGCUCUGUGGGAAAAUGUUUGCCGGUCCUGCCCUAGGCCGAGAGUGACUCAGAGAUGCUUUGCAUUUGUUUCCGGCCCUUGAGCAACCACUGGGGUGACCCCUACCCACCAGAACCAAGACUGAGGCCAGUGCCACUGAAGGGUGGUGCAGAGCAUCACCUGCCAUCUGAUCUGCCCCCCCCAACCUGUCCCCUCAGCAUUCUCAGAGUGCCCGUGGCUUAGCGUGGAUGUAUCCUCCACCGUGAACAUCAGCAGAGCUGCAAUGAGCACAAUCUUCUGAGCAGAAACACUCUAAAAAGAUAGGAAAAACUGCCUCCUCUUUUUUGUCCCUCAAAUUAAUCACAUUCAAUAAAUAUGCUUUUAAAAAAAUCCAUGUAAGAUGAGGGAGAUGUAAAACAAGUAUUUUUCAUAUAUAUACCCAAGUUGCUUAGACUUAACAGGUGUUUGGAUAUUGGGACCAACAGAAAAAUGCAGUCAGAUGUCAUCUUGGACUUGGAUCCUAAAAGACUAAGCCCAGAAACUUAGGAAGCGUGAAAUGAAUCAAACAUUUAUUUUCCUUCUUAUUUAAAAUUAGGAAAGUGCAACAGAAAGAGAGGGUUUGUGCCAAAUUCUGUGAACGGCCCUUUCUUAAAAACAAGCAAGGGAGAUUGAUAGAUGGACAAUUUGCUCUCGUGUUUUUUUUAAAAAAAGGCAAAUGUAACUUAAUAGUUUUGUAAAUGGGAGAGGGGGAAUCUAUAAACUAUAAAUACAGUUAUUUUAUUUUUUGUACAUUUUUAAGAAGAAAAAAAUAAAUAUUCAU